CAAAAAAGUGGCAAAUGCUGGGCAUCGGCUUCAAGCUGAGUGACACGUCCGCGGCCUCGAUACGCAGCUCUCUGGGCGAGUUCCUACGCCGCGAGUAUGCGUCCGAUGGAGACGCGCAGCAGACAGAGACGCACCAGGCGGCACUGGACCAAUUUGGACAGCUUAAGAAGGAUGUAGAUCUAGUGCGCACGCCGUCGGCCAUCUCGCGUCACGUAUUGCUGCGCUAUUACGCGCAGCUGGAGAAAAUGGCACAGCGUUUCCCAUGUGACGGCGAAUCCGCUGGACGCACCGCACUACAGUUGCAGUUCACAUGGAACGACUCGUUCUGUCCGCGCAAGAAGAGUACGCAGACGGGCGUGUCUUUCGAGAAGGCGGCCGUCAUGUUUAACGUGGGCGCGCUGGAGAGCCAACUGGGCGUCCAAACGGACCGUAAUACGGCCGAGGGGCUUAAGACAGCCUGUCGUCACUUCAUGAGGGCCGCGGGGGCCUUCCAAGAGGUCAAAGAUAAGCUUGUGGAGCGAACACUAGGUGCCAGGACGCCCGACAUGAGCGCCGAAGGGCUGGGACUGCUGACAUACUUAAUGCUGGCUCAAGCUCAAGCUUGUUUCUACGAGAAAGCUAUCAAGGACCAAAUGAAGGACGCAAUUAAGGCCAAAUUGGUCCAUCAAGCGCUGGACUAUUAUGUCUCCGCUUUAGAAUUCUGUCGCUCUUCAGCUCUAGCUGGAGCUAUUGAUAGAUCGUGGAGUGUACAUCUACAGUUCCAGGUCCACUGUAUGCGUGCAGCUACGCAGUAUUGGCAGGGAACAGCGUCCAAAGCUGCUGCACUGGACCGAGGAGAAGGAUACGGAGAAGAGAUCACGCGGCUGGCUGCAGCAGACGCAGAGUGCACGGAAGCGUGCAAGGUAGCGACGCAGAACAAGCUGCCAACGUCACUCCUACAGUCUGCUCAAGCCUUGCAGCGUGUGGUGCGUGAACAUCUCGACGCAGCGAGGAAAGACAAUGCCAGUGUGUAUCUGGAGAAUGUACCCAAGUUUUCCGAGUUGCCAGCAGUGGGGAAGGCUGCGAUGGUCAAGCCAUUGGCCUUUACAAGCGAUGAGCUGCAGCAAGAGCUGGGAGGUGUGGAUUUAUUCGAGCAAUUCGUACCUAAGGAUUUGUUACUACGUGCUGAUGGUGUUAAACAAGAAAUCAAGACUAUUCUGGAGACAGCAAUGAAAAGAGUAUCCCAGACGAACGACGCAGCGAAGGAGAAGCUCUACGCUUUGGGUCUUCCUGCGUCCAUUGAAGCUUUUGAAAAGACUAGUGAUAACGGUAUCCCACGUACUAUCUGGCAACGUAUUCAGUACGUGAAGGUGACGACUGCAUCGGCUGCUAUGGGAGCUGGAGGUUCGAAGGAAAACCCAGUGGCGGCGUUUCUUCAGCUGCAGCUACAGGAGAACCAAAGGAUGUCGGACGAUGCCGAGAAGAACCUUCAUGCCAUCGAGUCUCGCUUAAGUCAAGAGGAAGUUGAAGACAAUGUGUGCAGACAGAAUUACGGGGAGAACCGAUGGACACGACCGGUGUCUUCUACUUUGAACCAGAACUUUCGCGCGGAUAUUGAUCGCUACUAUCGUCUAGUGAAAGAGGCGAAGACGUCUGAUGGCAUUGUUCGAGAGAAGAUGAGUGCGAACCACGAGAGUUUGGAGGCUCUAUCGCGGUCCAAGUUAAGUUUGGAUAAAGAGCUGCCAGAAUUGCUACAGGAUAACUCCAGCUGCAAGGAAGAGAUCGCUCAAGUGUCAUCUCUGUUGCUACGACUUGGUCAACUUGUGGAGGAGAAGGACCAAGUGCUGCGUGACUUCAGAGGCUCUUACGACAAGUUCAACGCGCUAUCUGUGUUGCUAAGCGGGAAUAAAACCAACGGGGUGUCCACAGACGCUGCACUCGAGACUGAGAAGCAGUUCUUCCGCGAUCAUUUCGAGGGAAAGAUCGCUGCUAUUUGUGAAGAAGAACAGACGCUGUUGGAUGAUUUGGUGCAGGCGAACUCCCGCUUUGAGGCCAAGAAGGAGACAGACCAUGUGCUACGCGAUCGUCAAGUAUUCUUGCAACAUCUAAGUGACGCAGUUGACGUCUUUGAACAACUGGAGUCGCAUGUAAAAGAAGGUGCAAAGUUCUAUGCUGAGCUGAGUGUUCGGAUCGCCCAGCUUCAUCAAACUGUGGCAGACCAUUGCUCUGCGCGCGAGCUCGAAAAGCGCGAGUUGGAGAUGAAUCUGACUGCAGAUGAGGAGAUGAGACAACGUGAGGCGGAAGACGCUGCGUUGGCGCAGAAAAUGAUGAACGACAUGCAGAUUCGGAAUGCUGCAACUGGUCCCAAUGCGAGCGAUGAAGCACUAGCUCGUCAGCUAGCUGGCAGUACCUCGCAGGUCUAUCAAUCGGCUAGUUCGCAACAGUCAGCGCCUCCUUCGUACGACUACGCUCGGCUACAGACUCAACAAGAACAUCCGUAUGCACAAUACCAACACACCCAAGGACCUACACAACCCCCUUCGUAUGGGAACGUCUCGACGUCGUCUGCGCCACCUGCGCCUUACGCAAGUAACCACAGUCAACAACAGCAAGCGUACAACUACUACCAAUACCCUGGUCAACAGUAUAAUCCGCUCUUCCCUACUGGAGACUCGGUGUAG